AUGUCCGAGUUUGUGAUCAAUGACCAGGAUCUGACCGGCCUAAAAGGCAAAGUGGUGAUAGUUACCGGUGGUUCCAGCGGCAUCGGUCUAGCCACGGUGGAAAAACUGCUUUUGCUAGGCGCAUCCGUCAUCAAUGGCGACAUACAGCCUCCUCCUCCUCCACCACCACUCAAGCAAGACGGACAUGUCUCGUCGGACAACAAUGACACCAGCUCGCCCCCAUAUACCUUUGUGAAAACAAACGUGGCCGUCUGGGACGAGCUCGUCGCCCUCUUCAAGCGGGCCCGGGAGCUUCAUCACGGCCGCCUGGACCAUGUCUUUGCUAAUGCCGGGAUCGGCCCCUGCGCCGACUACUUGGCUUUGCAACUGGACCAUGACGGAGACCCCCGGGAGCCCGCUUAUGAUACCCUUGAUGUCGGUCUAUGGGGUGUCAUGAACACGGCCACCUUGGCGAUACAUUACAUGCGCCGACAGCAGCAGGACGAGGCGGGAGGUUGGAGCGGGAGUAUCGUUCUGACAGGAUCCGUGGUAGGUUUACAACGACUCCGGGCUGUAGACUAUGCUACUGCCAAGCACGGCGUGCUAGGCUUCGGACGAGGUCUGACGACGCUUGUCAAGACGGCUGGACUCCCCAUCAGGAUCAACACGCUGAUGCCCUCGUGGACGGACAGUAAUGUCGUACCAAACUUGAAGCGCAGUAUGGACCGCAUCGGGGUCGAGUUCCAGCCCACUUCGGUCGUGGCUCGCGCGGCUAUCCUCAUGAUGGCCGAUACAACCAGACAUGGGCAUGUUACUUAUGUUGGGCGUGGUCGGUACAAGGAAAUUGACGAGGCAGUGCUUUUGCCUGCAUAUGCGUCUAUCAAGGGUGAUUACCCUUGGGAAGACGAUGUUUUCCGCCGGCUAGUGGAGAUUGCAACUCAAGAGUCGAGUUGA